UCUUUCUCAGUAUCGCUGUUUGCCCCGUGGUCGGUUAGGGCGUGCAGUGCUCGUGUUUAAGAUUUUUGUCGACAAACAAUAAUAGUGGUAAAAAAUAGACAAGAUAAAUAGUGUUUCCCAACAGCAGAAACAAGGGUUUAAGUUUAUUGGCGUUAAAUUAAAUGAUUUCUUUUUUUUGGGUGGUAACAUAAAGUGGAAGUUCGUCAGAGCGUGUCGGCGACGCGAGCUAUAAGGUGAAUGUCCGUGAUAGCAGUGUUGUGUGCACGAAUCGAAGAAUGUUCCAGUAAUGUGAAAAGUGAUGCGUACGAAUACUAAAAUUCGAAUACUUGAAUAUUUUGUUCAUUUAGUUGCAACAAUUUAGUUGGGAAUCGUCAUUUUUCCACGCCUUUGCAACACACAGCUUUUGUUAUUAUUUUGCCGCGGUGCUUUUGACCCUAAAGUGGACGAGUUCAUUGCGCAGUUAUCAGAGGGGUGUCCAGUAUAUUUUUAUAUAUGUGUUCUGCAGUGGCGCUAGCGAUACUUACAUUCUGCACCAAUAUCUGAAAGCAUUCUCAUUCAAUUUCCUCGAGAAUUGUUUGUUUUUUGCUGAUUGCUUGCUGAUUGCUAGCAAUCUAUCAGAAAUGUUCCGUUUUUAAAAGAAAAGUCACCUAUACCGUCGAGGCUGGUAUUCAUUACCUAAUUCGGAAAAGAUAAAUAAAGUAGAAAGGAGAUAAUAGUGAGAUCGUAAUAAAUGGACGCGUUGUGGAACACGUGAUCUUCGUUGUCAAACCAUAGGUAUCUCCACCGUAUGCACCGCUGUUUAAUGGUCAUAACCUGAUUCCUCUGCUCAUCAUUCAUGUCUUGGUCGUUGUCAUUGUUGUCUACGACUCAUAAUCCGAGAUGUUUUGUCAACAUGUUUAACUGUUAAUAUUGACGACUAUCCGACACAAAUUCAUCUAAUAAUCUACAAUAUCAACAUUUACUUUCUUACCAAGUUGAUUUACUUUAUAGGCGCAAACCCCAAAAAUGUUGAGUGGACAGUUGAUAAUAAUUUUUUCACAUUGAAUAAACAUUUAUGUACAAACUACAAAAAGACUAUGGCUUUUGUUUCAAUGAAAAAUGAAGCUUACACGUGCCUAGCGACUGCGUUCAAAAUGUAGGACACCUCCUUUUGAUUACCGCCCAUUUCGUUGAUCGUUAGUACGUCGCAGUUUUUUAGCUCAAAAUCAAAUAAUUAAAUGAAUUUCAAAGAAUUCAAAGACUGAAAAGUGCAAGUUUUGUAAAAGGAAUAUGUGAAAAAAAGAGAAUAAAGCAUUAAGUAAAUUAUAUUUAAGUAUUCAACAAAAGCUGGAGCUGAAAUUUCUCAAUGACGAAGGUCGUUGGUCGAUAUAUUAUUGUCAUAGCUUCUAGUCUUGAUGGUUAAUUGGUGAUUCAGUAUUCAUUUUUAUCUCAUUGUUGUUCCGAGUGAAAUUUUCAAGUGUAAUUUCUCAACGAUCAACAUAAUUUGUUUAAAAAAACGUUUUCCUUGCAAGGAUAGGAAUAAUUGUUGACUUCAUCAAAGAUUUCUUUGACAGAAAGUACUGAAAAAGAAGAAUAACAAUAAUGUGCAGAAGAAGAUUUGACGAAAUAGAUUGAGAGGAAUCACAACACAGACUGACAUCUUCGUUGACACCUGAAGAAUACGGUUUCGUAUGCAAACUAAGAAAAGUGUUUCGUUUGGGAAGGGCGAAGAGGAAGGGGAACGAUUGCAGAGUUACAAAAUUUGUAAAAGUGCAAGUGUCGUUUCAUUGACAGCGUCUGAACUGUUUGAUCGUAUAAAUAUAAACAAGUGGUACUAAAGGUCCACGUGCCCCAUGUUGUGAGCUGUCAAGGACUGCCCUAGGCAGGUGGGGGGGGACUGUGGGAUGGAGUAUGGCGGUAGUCGAGGGGGUGUGCAACCUCCCCCUGUAAGUGCAAGAAGUAUGGCUGGAUCUGAUACUACUGAUGCUGCCUGGCUCAAGCAUGAACAAUUGAAGCUCAUGGAAUCGAGGCACAAACAGCAACUGAGCAGUGGGAGGACGGCUACAGGGGGUGCACCUCUUUACGGUCGCCUAGUUGCUGAAGAACCUCUACCGGCAGCAGUUUGUGGGGGUGGAGUUGGCGUUGGCGUAGGUUCCGGCGGGAUUCCUCAAGAAACCCCUGCCGAUAUCCAUGCUAUGCAAGCUCGUAUACCCCAUAGGUUUCGAGAUCCUAGUACAGCUCCACUUCGAAAGUUAAGCGUUGAUCUUAUCAAGACUUAUAAACACAUCAACGAAGUAUAUUAUGCCAAAAAGAAGAGAAGAGCACAGCAAAUACAAGGCGAAGAUGGGUCCCAUAAAAAAGAAAGAAAACUCUACAAUGAUGGGUGGGAUGAUGAUAAUCAUGAUUACAUUAUCAAAAAUGGAGAAAAGUUUCUCGAUCGAUACGAAAUCGAUUCUUUAAUAGGUAAAGGAAGUUUUGGUCAAGUAGUCAAAGCAUUUGAUCACGAGGAACAAACACAAGUGGCAAUAAAAAUUAUAAAAAACAAAAAACCUUUCCUAAAUCAAGCGCAAAUCGAAGUUAGGUUGCUUGAAAUGAUGAAUAAAGCGGAUACUGAUAACAAGUAUUAUAUAGUUAAACUUAAAAGGCAUUUUAUGUGGCGAAAUCAUUUAUGUUUGGUAUUUGAGCUACUGUCUUAUAAUCUUUAUGAUUUACUCAGAAACACAAAUUUUCGAGGUGUUUCUUUGAAUUUAACAAGAAAAUUUGCCCAGCAAUUGUGUACUGCACUUUUGUUCUUAUCUACGCCGGAAUUGAACAUCAUUCACUGUGAUCUGAAACCAGAAAAUAUUCUCUUGUGCAAUCCCAAACGUAGUGCGAUUAAAAUAGUAGAUUUUGGCAGUUCGUGUCAACUGGGACAGAGGAUAUACCAAUACAUACAGUCCAGGUUUUAUCGAUCACCUGAAGUUUUACUAGGCAUACCAUAUGAUCUCGCUAUAGACAUGUGGAGCUUAGGAUGUAUUUUAGUAGAAAUGCAUACGGGAGAGCCGCUCUUUAGUGGCGCCAAUGAGGUGGAUCAAAUGAAUAAAAUUGUAGAAGUGUUGGGCAUGCCACCAAAGCACAUAUUGGACCAAGCGCACAAGGCGCGAAAAUACUUUGACAAAGUUCCAACGGACGGCACGUAUAUCUUGAAAAAGUCUAAGGACGGGAAGAAGUAUAAGCAACCUGGUACUAGACGAUUGCAAGACAUUUUGGGAGUUGAAAGCGGUGGUCCCGGCGGAAGAAGACUAGGAGAACCUGGACAUUCGAUAUCCGAUUAUCUCAAGUUCAAAGAUCUCAUUCUAAGAAUGUUAGAUUUUGAUCCGAAAACAAGAGUGACGCCUUAUUAUGCGCUGCAACAUAACUUUUUUAAAAGAACAGCGGAUGAAGGGACCAACACUAAUAUCGCCGCAGCAAACAGUGCAAAUACCAGUCCUGCAGUUGUGUUAAUGAAUCAGGAUCAUGGACUGGUAUCGGUAUCCGGACAGGGGAGCAGCAGUUUGAUGCAAGUGCAGACGAGCGUUCCUGGCAGCUAUCAACCAAUGGAGUGCGAUUCUUCACCUCGUCACUCCUGCAGCAGACGUGCCGUCAUCACCAAUUACCCAUCAACUUCUGUCGCUGGCACAACAGCGUCGGCUCCGACGUCAAUGCAGUCCUUGGACAGCUCUCUGUUGCAAAACUCCCUCGGCUCAUACAACAGUCUAAUUCUCCCUGGCAUUUCUCACCUUCCAGCGAUGAUGACUUCUCCAAUGAUCCAGCAGCAAAAUUUUUACAAUUACGGUUAUCCUAGUACGGACGCUCAUACGAUGGCCAGACAGCCGUCGACAGUCACUGCCGGAAAGCAAAGAGACUCCGAGAGAGAGGACAGUCCAAUGGUCGGUGUCUGCGUUCAACAGAGUCCUGUUGCUAUUCACUGAUCUACAAGAAUGGGGGACAAGUGUUGUAUUCUUUUUACGUCGUCAGCAACGAUUUCGCCGCUCUGUCGAAUGGAAAACGCCAAAGACAAAGGCCAUCGGUAUAUCGGAAAUCUUCGAUUAAGAAGAAAAAGCAAACAAAGAUGGUGAUUAUAAUGACGACGACAACGACGACGACGAUGAUGAUGAUGAUGAUGAUAAUAACAAUGAAAAAGAAAGGUAAAGAUGUCGAUUAUAAAAUAAUAAUAAAUAAUAAUGAUGAUGAUAGUGGUGGUGGUGUUUAUGAAACCAGUCAAUGAUUAAGGACACCGAAUAAUUUUUUGGAGAAGCAUCAAUCAAGGACAGUAUGAAGCAUGCAAUGAGAAAUAAAUAAAUAAACAAACAAACAAACAUCGGAAUACUUUUUUAUAUUUUGCAAGUAAGUGCAGAAAAAAAAUAAAUAGGAUUAUUGAAUUUUUAAGCGAGAACACGUCAUUUAUGGCCUAGUAAGGAUGAACCAAACUGGCCAGGGAAAAUCCUAUGAAAUUAAAGUAAUAUUGAAUUUAGUCGAUCCACGCUUAAAUAAAGACUCGAUGCGAUCUUGAGUGGCCUAGAGAGCAAACAAAGUGAUAAAAAUAUUAUUACUAAUCGUAAAAAAAAAGUAAAUAAAAAUUCGGUAUAUUUGAUGUGCAGUAGAGUCUCACAGCGACCCCAAAACUAGUGUACAAAUGAUAGUCUGACUCCGACGAGUGUCUCGCUCCCUUGUCCUUAACCUCGGUAGUGUCCACACACAAUAUUACAAAAGCAUGGCCUCUAAGCGAGAGCCGCCAAGAUAGUACAAGGGGAAUGUUCCCCCGAUUACAAACGUUCAUAUCUCGAAUCUGUAGGACUCUAAACUCUUAAACAGUUGUGAGACUCUACUGCAGUUUAUACCCUCUGGUGAGAGUUUUAUACGAUAUGUGACAAAUGACGCGAGUAUAUGAUGAAAUCGGUCGAAUGAUAGCAAUUUGUACAAUAUAAUUAGAUGAAUGACCAGAGUGCAGAUUUAAGUCUUAGCUUUUAAGUAUGGAAGAAAAAAAGAAAGAGAGAAUAUGUAAACUUGAGUUUUGUUUAAAUGCGAAACACGCCCUUGUCGCGUACAAACAUUGCUUUGUUACUCACAAGAACUUUAAACAAACAACGUUUGCGCGACUUGAUACAUAUUUAUAAAAAUAAACAGAAAGCAUCGAUAAAAAAAAAGUUGAAAAAUAUAUGUGUAAGGUCAAUCAAGAAUGAUGUAGUCAUUAACAAACGGGAUAGGUAUUUUAUGAUUCAUCUACCUAUACUCCCAAUAAAAUGUUAUUGAUUUUUGCCGUUUAUUCGA